UUCGAUAAGCGACGGACCCGGAAGUACAGUGCCAGCGGGGCAGCGCGUCGCCAUAGGAACCCCCCCGCCAUGGGCCUCUGCAAGUGCCCCAAGCGCAAAGUCACGAACCUCUUCUGCUUCGAGCACCGCGUCAACGUCUGCGAGAGCUGCCUGGUCACCGGCCACCACAAGUGCAUCGUACAGUCCUACCUGCAAUGGCUGCAGGACAGCGACUACAGCCCCGACUGUCCCCUCUGCGCCACCCCCCUGGCCGCCCGCGAGACCGUCCGCCUCGUCUGCUACGACGUAUUCCAUUGGUCGUGCCUGGCGGGGCGGGCCCGGGCGCUGCCCCCCCGCACGGCCCCCGCCGGCCAUCGCUGCCCCACGUGUGGGGGGCCCCUCUUCCCCCCCCCAAACCUGGAGGGUCCCGUCGCCACCGCCCUGCGCAACCGCUUGGCCUCUGCCCCCUGGGCCCGCCCCGGCCUCGGCUUGCCCUUGAUCGAGGACGCGGAGGCGACGCCGGACCCCGACCCCGAGGUGGAGGCGGCCGACAGCAGCUGGGACGCCCCCAUGACCCCCCCAGAGCCCCCCCCGAGCCCCCCGCCCCCCCACGCCGUCGUCCACAUGGGUGCUGAGACCCUCAGCCUGCACGCGGGCUCGGGGCCCCGCAAACCUCUGGGGGGGCGCGAGAAUCGGGGCCCCCCCGACCGCGACGAGGACAAGUACCGACGGCGACCCCCCCUCGCCUGGCUGCCCCACGCCCUCAGGUGCCGCGCGCGGGGCCCUCCCCGCCCCCCGCUGCUGGUGCUGGCGCUCGGGGGGGUCGCGGCCUUCGUCACCCUCCUCCUCCUCCUGGGGGGGCUGGGGCGGGGCGGGGCCGAGGGGGGCGGGGCCGACCCCGCCCUGGAGCCGCUGCACAACCCCCACGUGCGUGUGGGGCACUGACCCCUCCCCCCCCGACCCCCCCGAGGGGGCGUGGCCUCUGACACGCCUGGGCGUGGCCUCUGCGAGUGGGCGGGGUCUCCGGGCUGCCCCUCCCCCCCCAAUAAAUACCCCUCCCCCCCCA